AUGAACAAUCUUUUAUAUCUCUCGCUUUUAGCGGGAGCCGCGGCUUCCGCUUAUUACUACGGUUCUGGCGAAGAGUCGCUGAACCGUAGUAGGCAUUCUUUAAUAACUUCCUUUUGUUUAGCGGCGGCUUUCACGUACCACUAUGUUGUGAGGAGAACAAGAUAUGUUUUUUUGGUAGACUUCGCGUGCUUCAAACCAGGCCUGUCUUGUCUUUGCACCACCGAGAUGAUUCUAGAACGUGCCAAGCACGUGGGUUUUCUCUCAGAAGAGAGCCUCAAGUUGGUUGCAAAGAUUUUAGACAGGUCUGGUUUGGGGCCGAAGACGUAUCUACCGGAGGGAGUGUUGCAUAUUCCACCGAAGCUCACUUUUGAUGAAGCCAGGAAGGAAACUGAUACGGUGCUUUUUGGAGCUGUUGAUGAGUUGCUUGAGAAAACUGGUGUUCAGAGUAAGGACAUUGGGAUUCUUGUUGUGAAUUGUUGUUUGUUCAAUCCUACUCCGUCUUUGUCAGACACCAUUGUUAAUCACUACAAGCUUAGAGGAAACAUUCUCACCUAUGAUCUCAGUGGUAUGGGCUGCAGUGCUGGUGUUCUUGCUGUGGAUUUUGCCAAACAACUCCUUCAGGUACAUCCAAAUUCAUAUGCAUUGGUGCUGAGCACAGAAAAUGAAACUUCAAGCAUUUACAGAGGCAACAACCCUUCAAUGAUGCUAACCAACUGCCUCUUCCGAAUGGGUGGCUCGGCAGCUCUGCUCUCGAGCCACCCUUCGGAUCGCUGCCGUUCAAAAUACCAGCUGAUCCACACGCUUCGCACGCACGUCGGCGCCGACGACAACAGCUACAAAUGUGUCUUUCAGGAAGAAGACGAGGCUCAUAAAAUCGGCGUUUCUCUCUCGAAAGAACUCAUGAAUGUGGCCAGGGACGCUCUCAAGAUCCACAUCACUUCCCUCGGCCCGGUUGUUCUCCCGAUCUCGGAGAAAGUGAAGUUCGUCGUCAACUUCGUUAAACGCAAGUUUCUCAAGAUCAUGAUUGAGGCUUACGUCCCCAAUUUCACGUUAGCUUUCGAUCACUUUUGCAUCCACACAGGUGGGAGAGCUGUUCUUGAUAGGAUGCAAAAGAGUCUUGAGCUUGAUGAUUGGCACAUGGAACCUUCUAGAAUGACACUUUACAGGUUUGGGAACACAUCAUCAAGCUCUGUGUGGUAUGAAUUGGCAUACUGUGAGGCCAAAGGAAGAGUGAAGAAAGGUGACAGGGUUUGGCAAAUGGCAUUUGGAUCUGGAUUCAAGGUAAACACUGCUGUUUGGGUAGCAUUGAAGAAUAUUGAACCACCUUUGAAGAAUACUCCUUGGAGGGAUGAAAUUGAUGAUUUUCCAGUCAAACUCAAUCCACCAAAGCCCACUAGUAAUAACAAAUAAUAAUAAUAAUACCUUCAAGAAUGUUUUAUUUAUUUGGAAUUUAUGGUAUCUAUCUAUCUAUCUAUGCAUGGGAUAUGGUUUAGGACCCCUUACUAUCUAGAAUUAAAUUUAC